UAUGAGGCGCGCUCGAGCUCAGUCGCGUACGAAGGACUGCUCCCGGUGGACAAACGGCCACGACGGCGAACAGCAAUCCCACCUCAUUAUCUCUAGCUAGUUUUUGGGCAUUGGGUGAGCUCUCGGACGGCACGGCAAUCAGUGGAGAAAGUGUGUCUGAGUGUGCAUUGGUAUCGCAUUGGUGUGGUGUAUAACAAGCAAAAAGAGCGUGCAAAGUGGUGAAAAGUGUGCCAUGAGCUAGCAAACUUCAACGCACAGCAGCCGCGGCCGUUUUGCAGGAGGAUUUAGUUCGGCUGGCUUCAUUUUAAUCUUCAGCAUCAUCAGUGAAACCAACGCUUGAAGGACCGUCGCUAGAAUCGUUCGCUUGCACGGUGGGCAGUAUUGGUAGAAAGCUGGCAGACACAGACGUUUAGUGUGCAGCAAAUAUAAGACAAGCAGCGGUACAGCGAUUAGAGUGGAGUUUUAAAUGAGGUGAGUGUGCGUCUGACUAAGAUACGACGGGCAGAGCCUGGUACAAACGACCUGUUCGUUACAACCCAUUAUCUGGAAUCCGCUUUACGAUCGCGAUAGUAGUAAAACAAUCGUUAAAAGGCUCGAAACCUUCACUCGAGAGCGCGCGCGUAGACGUGUGACACGUGUCCUUCGGUGUGCAGCAGCUCGAGCGGAGCAACUAGUGGUCAAUCAUGGCGGUGUUGCACUGGGAGCACUUAUUAGCGUAGCGUUCCUACCACGUGUCGAUAGUUUGUGUGUUUGUGUGUGUGUGCAUGAGUGUGCGUAAUAAUGAACAAAUUGUGGUAAUUGUGAGCUAAAAAGCUGUGCCAUAAAAAAAACAAGAAAACACUACUAAAAUUAACGCAAAUAACUGAAUGUACUGAUCGUAGACAAAUAGACAAGCAAGUGAUUAGUGGCUCAGGAUAAGGCAUAAGACAAUCUUGGACAAACACGCCACUCGACCGACAGAGCCACAUUCAGAACCAAUCUCGGCAUCAUCUAUGAGAUUGGCAGUAGUCGGUGGUGGUAAAAAAUAAUAGAAAGGAGAGAGAGAGAAACAAAACAAAAAACAAAUAUCAAUCUGAUUGGUGUCGUUUCGGAUAAAGUUUCGGCAGAACCUACACCACACACCACAAACCCACAAUCGGCUUUACCCAAAACAAGAAAGUGCAUCGCAAUUCGGAUCACACAAAUAAACUCACCCCAGCAUCGGCGUAUUCAAGAGCUGCUAGUUCGAUGCAAAUUCGGUAACUUGUCAAACAACACACUGCCAGCAUCCUCCCUUGUGUGCCCGUGUCGCAGUGCUCCCUUUCACUGUUUCUUUGCUCACUAGCACAAGUGUUGAAACAAGAACUACCAACGUUUUUGAUCGUUCGCGUAGCCCCUGGUACCGAUUCCUUUUCCCUCCGUGGUAAUUACGCACAAGAACGUAACAACAAACAAAUAACAGAAAAUAAACGUUAUUUGUGGGCUGACGGAUCACCAUUCACUCCGAGAGAACCUUCGCAACGCAAGGCAUAGCGUCCUGUAGGCUAAAUUCCCAGAGCAGCGCCCUUUAAUUCGAUCGACAGUACCAAGAUUGCACUGAACAGCCACACCAGUACCACCAUCCACCACGACCUCCGGCUUCGACCUAAUCUGAACCAGCCCUGAACAAACCACCACACAAAAAGCCCCCCACAGCUUUCUCAUCCUCCAGUAUAGGCCGUAGAUAUGAGCCAUGGCAAAACUGCGCCAUUACAGGACCAUGACGGCGAUCUGCUUUGUCUGCAACCUGCCUAUCAUGUCUCACCAGGUGGGACUGGUAUGGCAGGGUGGAAACGGUUGGGACGAUCUGGUCCGCGAGCAGGUCGAAGAGUCCACCAUUCGCCAGCGCCUCGGAGGACGUCGCGAUUCGGCGGCACAGAUAUCCGGCGCUUCACCUCCUAGUACCUCACCACCGCCAGGAGCUCAGCGACGUCGCCGGAGCUCACUCGCGCAGCUAACCGACAUCCUGCGCGAAUGGAGCGGCGGUGGCUCGAAACGCCAGAAAGCCCCGCUGAACCGUCGCGAGACGCUCGCCGAUCUCGCGCGCAGCCUGCCCUGGAACAAGGCGACGACGGGCGAAUCGUACAACAAUCAGAACAAUUCGGGCCACGCUCCGCCGCUGCGCAAGCGCCGCGAGUCGAGCGCGGACUCGGGCGUGAAGAGCUGGUCCUACCGGCGCGACUCGCACGUGUCCGACUUCCGCAAGGAGCGAGAGUGGGAGCGCGAGCGCGAGAAGGAGCGCGAGCGCGAGCGAGAGCGCGAACGGGAACGGGAGCGCGAACGAGAUCGUGAUGAAUACAUCUACUCGACGGACAAUUAUCGAAAUGGUUCGCGACGCAACUCGAACGACUCUAGCCGCGAUCGAUCGUCCCGCCGCGACAGUACGAUCGGAGGAACGGCCACCCCACCCCCACCACCACCGAAGGUGGUUGGAACGCAGCGGAAGCGCAAAGAUUCGCUCGUGGUCGCGGAAAUGCCCAAC